CCUGCGGGCGGUGACCGGAGCAGAACGUUGGAGGGAAAGAGGUGGAAUUGCCACCCGCGCCGGCCGGGUUAUGAACGGGUUGCCGUCAGCCGAGGCGCCGGGCGGCGCGGGUUGCGCCCUGGCCGGGCUCCCGCCGCUGCCGCGCGGCCUCAGCGGCCUCCUUAACGCGAGCGGGGGCUCGUGGCGGGAGCUGGAGCGCAUCUACAGCCAGCGUAGCCGCAUCCAUGACGAACUGAGCCGUGCCGCCCGCGCUCCGGACGGGCCCCGCCACGCUGCCGGUGCCGCCAGCUCGGGGCCUGCCGCCGGCCCACGCCGCCCAGUCAAUCUCGACUCUGCGCUAGCCGCGCUACGCAAGGAGAUGGUGGGGCUGCGGCAGCUGGACAUGUCCCUACUGUGCCAGCUGUGGGGCCUGUAUGAGUCGAUCCAGGACUACAAGCACCUGUGUCAAGACCUGAGUUUAUGCCAGGACCUGUCAUCCUCACUGCACUCGGACAGCUCCUACCCACCUGACGGCGGCCUGUCUGAUGAUGAGGAGCCUCCCGAUGCCAGCCUGCCCCCUGACCCACCACCCCUCACUGUGCCCCACACACACAAUGCCCGAGACCAGUGGCUGCAGGACGCCUUCCACAUCAGCCUCUGAAGAGCUGGGUGGGUGGGAGCGUACCCUGUGAAAGGCUCAGCUUGCCUGUCGGCAAGUCCUCAGACGACAGUGCCUGCUCUUCUACCUGUACCACCUCACUCACCUCAAGAGAGCAAGGCGUGCUCCUCUCAGGCAGAGCUGCCAAGCCCUCUCCUGGUUAGCUGGCACUGGGUGGGCACCUAGGUUGCAGCCUCUACCCACCACACUUCUCACAUGUGUGCACCCCCCAGCUUGACCAACCCUCAGUCUGACGGUGGGACCCAAUGCAUCUUGCACUCCCCCUGGCAUCUCUGGGAUUGGGGUGAGUGCCUAGCUCCCAUCUCUUUUUCACCUUUUGCUGCUAUUGGCAGCUGCUGGCUCAGGGGCAUCCCACCUGUGGUCCCAGGGUCUCACUGCCAUGGACAAGAGCUCCAGGACCCGUCCCUCUAACCACCCACGGCCAGGAAGGAAGGCUAAGGCCCCAUGCUGGAUAUUUAAGUUUAGGGGCCAGUUCUUGGGCGUGUAGAUAAAUAAAUACUCUCUCAGCGUCAUUGUGUUCUGACUGCCUGGCUUUGGGGCGGGAAAACGGCGGUUCCGUCCAAGUGCAGCCCGUGUUUCGCCAGCAGGUGGCGCUUGGGACUCCCAAUUGAAAAUCAUAACCCGGACAGGGUGCGAAUCCUCCCUCUCCUGGGUGGGGUUUGGAGUUUUCCAGGCUGGCGGGACCUGGCUCAGCAGCUGUGUGACU